CAUUUCAAAAAGCCAGGCAUGGAGGAGAUCUUAGCUGCUAAAAGCCUGAAACAGUGGCUGCCAGGCUGAAAAGUGCACAUUUUUUUGCACAGAGAGAGUGGGACAAAGAGCAAAAACAUCAGUUGGGCUUUUUUUAGAGGGCGAGCGUUAAGAUGAUUCCAGUUUUAUUAAGAUGUGGCAUUUUUUUCUUCUGGAUGCAUUAGCAUCUAAAGCUCGUGUUUAUUAUGGAGAAACAGUAUGUGGGUUUUGCAACUCUGCCCAACCAGGUCCACAGGAAGUCUGUGAAGAAAGGCUUCGACUUUACGCUGAUGGUGGCAGGAGAGUCUGGUAUGGGUAAAUCCACCCUGGUCAACAGCCUGUUUCUCACAGACCUCUACAAAGACAGGAAGUUGCUGAAUGCUGAGGAGCGUAUUAACCAAACUGUAGAGAUCAUCAAACACACUGUAGACAUUGAGGAGAAAGGAGUCAAGCUCAAGCUGACCAUCGUAGACACGCCGGGGUUCGGAGACGCGGUCAACAACAACGAGUGCUGGAAGCCAAUCACAGACUACAUAGAUCAGCAGUUUGAGCAGUACUUCAGGGAUGAGAGCGGGCUGAACAGAAAGAACAUUCAGGACAACAGAGUCCACUGCUGCCUCUACUUCAUCCCUCCAUUUGGGCAUGGACUGCGACCGGUGGAUGUCGAGUUCAUGAAGGCUCUGCAUGAAAAAGUGAACAUAAUUCCACUCAUUGCAAAAGCCGACUGCCUCACGCCCAACGAGAUAAAGAAGCUCAAAGACCGAAUACGAGAGGAAAUAGACAAGUUUGGGAUCAAAGUGUACCAGUUCCCUGAAUGUGACUCCGAUGAGGAUGAAGAGUUUAAACAACUUGAUAAAGAGCUGAAGGAGUGCACCCCGUUCGCUGUGAUUGGCAGUAACACAGUGGUGGAGGCUCGAGGGCAGAGAGUGAGAGGAAGACUGUACCCCUGGGGUAUUGUGGAAGUGGAGAACCAGUCACACUGUGACUUUGUGAAGCUGAGGAACAUGCUGAUCCGUUCGCACAUGCACGACCUCAAAGAUGUCACCUGCGACGUCCACUAUGAGAACUACAGAGCACAGUGUAUACAGGAGAUGACCAGUAAACUGGCUCAGGACAACCGCAUGGAGAGUCCUCUCCCCAUCCUGCCACUGUCCACUCCAGAUGUGGACACUGAGAAGUUGAUCAAAAUGAAAGACGAGGAGCUGAAGAGGAUGCAAGAGAUGCUGAAUAAGAUGCAGCAGCAGAUGCACGAGAAAGACCAGUGAUGUCUCCCAGAGCGGAAAUGGGUUGCGGCACCACCUGCUGUUUCUCUACUGAAUGACAGUGAGACCUUCAGACAUUGAAAAUGGAUAUCAUUCAUUAGUGGCAACUCUGGCUGUACAUUUAUCUUCAGUUUGGUGCUUUGUAUAGUUUGUCUGCCUGGAGGGUUGUUUUGUCAGUUCUCUGAAACUAUCUGUUCGCCCACUGUGAGCCCCCAUUGUGGUUUAACGGUUUUAACAUAUAUAAUAUAAAUGCAUAAUUUAAAUUACUACUCAGUGUAUCUAAUUUAUAAAUGCAAUGCUAAACCUUUUGGAUAUUUUGUCAGGGUACAGACAUCUGUGCUACAAGAUGUUUUAUAAAGAAAUUGAGGUUGUUGAUGUUUAGAUCUGAACAUGGGUAUUGUUUUUUAUUACAUGUUUGGCUGUGUGUGUGUGUGUGUGUGCGUGUGUGUUUGGAUAUGUGAGUGUAUGUAUUUCAUGCAGUUUCUUUUGAUAUCAUCUGGUAUCCGUCCAUGAAACUUCCCUUUGUCCUUGAAAAGGCACCACAGUGACUUUACAUUAUAAUUAAAAUCCAACUCUUGCUCUUUUUUAUUUGCUGUCCAAUACUCAUAAAUGCCUUCAUGUGACAUUUUAAACAUAUGGCAAGUAGAAAUAACCUCUCCCAACAUUUGAUAUGUGUUGGCUGAGCUGAAAAUGCACUUAUUGCCAGUAGUUAACUGUGAAUGGGCAGCUGUUGACAUAAUGAGAGGGUUGGUGCAUGUGCAAGCACGCUGCUGUUACUCAUAUCUGCUAAAUGCUGUGGGCCUACUUUGAAUGGUUCAUAGCUGAUUCCCUGUGCUUGUAUUAAAAUGCUUUAUGAGCUACAGUUUGCUUUGUUGCUAUUGUAGGAUGGUAAAAGUAGUUAAAUAACAAGGAGCAAGUUUACAGUUUAUGCUUAUUUUUUAAAUUCUGUUUCUUGGAAGCGAGUUAUGCCAUUGAAGAUGUGCAUUCCACGAGUGAGUUAAUGUUGUGUGUGUGUGUGUGUGUGUGUGCGUGUGCGUGCUGAUCCUGAGGAGCAGUACAUAUUUUGCCUAAAGGCUGUGAGCUCAGCCUGUGCCCCGUUUCUAUAAAGGUGUGACAAAUAAACUCUUGUUUCUCGUCA